AUGGGAAAAAUCAACCUCACAGCCCUCCGGGUGCGAAAGACCGCCCUUGGUCAAUUCGCCAGUGGAAAGACCAGCAAACUGCCCCAAUGGGUCGAAGUGAUUGGCGAGAUCCCUCCUGCUGAAGCCCUCAUCCGUACCCGUCCUCCUCAGCACCAGCUCGUUCAGCAGCGGAUGAAGACCGUUGCUGGGUCUUCGAAGCCGCAGGUCGUUUUCCAAGUCCAAGAGAAGCGCCGAGCCCCCAAGAAAGCCAGUCGACUCUUCCAGCCGGUCGAGCUCAAAUAUGAAGAAGAUCAAUUGCGUACUGAGUUCUUCCGCGACCACCCUUGGGAACUUGCCCGCCCCCGUCUGCUCUUGGAGACUACUGGCAAGGACUUUGAACAUUACGAUUGGAGCCAGAUUCAACAACCAGGAAAGCGGUUAGAUGGUGAAAGUGUGGUUCAGCGACAACUGUGGCUCCUAAACAACGUCCCAGACAUGACCAAGAGCAAUGCUUACGACAUUGCUCGCCGAGAAUUCUACCGCCUCCGAUUGAGAGAGGAUGUUGAGCGCCGCGUUGCAGCGGAAGAAGCCCAGGCAUAUGGCGCAGAGUUCGGACCAUCAUUCCUGGACAUUGGUAUGAAGUUGGAGGAUGUACAAUACGACAAGUGGGUGGAAUGGGCCCGGGCCACCGCACAGGUGCAGGACCAGCGCCAGGCCGCGCUCUCCGGUGCUCCAGAGCUGGCCGAAGAGAAAUCAGUCACAGAGACUGAGGCUGACGAGGCUGAGUCCUCCCUGUAG